GACGUAGUGGACAGAGAGCGCGUCAGGAUAUAUUGUGUUGUUACCUACGUAAUUAAUUAAUAAUAAGAUUGCCAGCCAUCGCUUUCCGGCUAACUGCUGUUUCCGUUCACUCCGAUAGUCUGCCGUCUCCACCAAAAUCUCAUUUUGGAAUGGAAUUUGUGACUGAUCCUUUGUUCUCUGUGUCUGGGGCUUAAGGUAAAUCAUCAAAACAAUAACAAUAACAUGACGAUGGUGAACCUUGUUGAGGAGGAGGACCACCAUCAAAACAAUAACAUCGACAAGUUUGGUCCUUUCUCGACGCAUUUCCAGAAGGACACAGGUAGUGCUUAAAAAUCAAAAUAAUAACAUGGCGAUUGGGAACAUUGAGAACAGCAGUGCUGAGCUGCAGGACAAGUUAAAGCCAUUGGACGAGGAUAUGAAGAUUGGGAAUUUCGGCCCUUCGUUGGAAGAAGAUGGCAUUAUUCUUCCAGUCACCUCUUUCUCUACUUUCUUUAAGAAAAAUGAAGAAAUAUAUCUGCAAAACGCUUGGCCUAUGGUGAAAUCUGCUUUAGAAGACUAUGGUAUUUCGUGCGCCCUGAAUCUGGUUGAGGGUUCCAUGACAGUUUCAACAACAACAAAGACUAGGGACCCAGAUAUUAUUGAAAAGGCCAAGGAGCUUACUGAACUUUUGUCAUUAUAUGUUCCCGCAGAUGAGGCAAUAAGAAUACUGGAUGCCAAAAUGAAAUGUGAUUUCAUUGAGAUUGGAACAAAGAGAGGUGGGCUAUGCGUAAAAUAUGGGAUCGACAUGGAGCAAUUUCGUGAACGGUGGGAACGUUUCCUAGGCCCCAAGAACACCGGCUUGAAGACAAUUCAGCAUCUGACAGGCUGCAGUGUUUUCUUUCAUGGAAAUUUCACUGUUGCUGUAAUUGGUAAAUUUGAAGGAUUAAAGAUGGUCAGGAGGAUUGUGGUAGACUGCAUUCGAAAUAAAAUGCGUCCUAGUGUCCAUAUCAGAAGGCUUCGGAUGAAUCAAAAUGAGCACAAACUUACGAAGAAGCUAUUUGAUCAAGGUGGAUAUAGAUCUGUCAUGGAGGAUUCUCUAGAGGUGCAUGUUAAUGCAGCAGAAACCCUUUGUGCUAUAACAAGGCUUGCUCCACCUGGACUUGCUACUAAAAUCUGUAAUCCGAGUUUUAUACAAAGAUUGCUUCAGCAUGCUAUGGAGGACUCUCAACGAAAAUCUGUUCUCACUAGCUCAUUAUCAGUUUGCAUCUCUUUGUUAGACCGUGAGAGGGAAGCUUUGAGAACAAAUGCAUGUACUGGUGAACACCAGCCUGCUCAUGGAUCUACAAUUACUGUUAAUAACGAGAUUGUUGUGGCCAUGCUCAACAGCCUAGGUGAUUUGCUGAAACUUUUAGAUGUUUCAUCGGCGGACAAUAUGUUGUUAACUACAUAUGGCAAGUUACAGCCACCGCUUGGAAAACAUCGUUUGAAGAUUGUAGAGUUCAUUUCAGUAUUACUGUCAGUUCGUAGUCAAGCUGCUGAGAAGGAAUUGAUUCGUUUUGCAGCAAUACAAAAAGUCUUAGACUUAUUUUUUAAGUACCCAUAUAACAAUUUUUUGCAUCACCACAUAGAGAACAUAAUCAUAUCAUGUUUGGAAAGCAAAAAUGGGCCUCUUGUACAACAUAUUCUUCGUGAAUGUGAUCUUGUUGGAAAAAUACUUGAAGCAGAAAAGAAUUUCACACUGGCCGCUGAUUCAUUUAUGCCAACAAUUCCUGCUAAGGGUCGAUCCCCACCCAGGAACGGCAAUAUUGGACAUUUGACAUGUAUAUCCAACAAAAUCAUUCAACUGGGAAACAACAAUAGGGAGAUUCAGGCAUAUCUGCAGGAAAACAGUGUCUGGACUGAAUGGCAUACAGAAGUCCUAUUAAAGCGUAAUGCAGUGGAGAAUGUCUCCCAGUGGGCGUGCGGGCGGCCUAUAUCAUCUCUGGAUCGUGGACGCUCAAGCUAGUAAUUUACUACUAGAACAUCUGGACUGAAAGACCAGAAGAGGUGGUGAUUUGUGGACGCUUUUUCAUGUCCCAUCUGAGUUCAUGUACUUAUUAAUUUAUUGAUAUAGCGAAAUUGGAUACAUGAAUGCUGCCGCGUAGACUUUUAGUUAAUGUUCUGAUAUUCAGAAUGGGACGUGAUACAUAUAUGUAAAUAUAUAAUUGAUGAUUGAAAUUUUAAUUUCAACAAAAGUUGUCAAAAUAUUAGACUCAAGUGUUUUGAGCAAGUUAAAGUGAUUAGAGAUGUUUGUGUUUGA